UUGUAAAGAUAAGAUCUUUGGGUUUCUGAUUAUUCCCCUUGGAUGCCUUGGCUUGUGAACUUUCAAGGCUUAUAAGUGUGGGGUUUUGAGGUGAUGAUUUGUACAAUGUUGUGUUUGUCUUGUUUCCAACUGAGGGUUGACUCUGGUUCAGUGGCUCUGUGUCUGUAAUGGUUAGAGCUUGUGAUUCUGAAGCUGGUUAUAUGUCAACUACAAGCUAUUUUCAGAGGGGUUUUUGACUACUGGAGGUGAAUAGGGGACAUGUUUAGGGUACUUGGAGAAUCAAUCUCUAAUUGUAGGUUGUAGAGAAUUUCAAGAUUUGGGGUCAUAUUGCAAGUUCAGCUUUGGUGGUGUUGAUGGAAAUUGUUGGCUUCUGAUGAACGAACCAGUCUGGGCUUAUGUUGAACAAAGCAGUAGGUCAUUAUGAUUGAAAGAGAAAGGUAUUAGAUUCUUGAGGUGGAGUUUUUGUGGUAAAUUGGGUCUUGCUGGUGUUAAAGGAAGAAAACAUGGACAGAAGAAGAAUGAUACAGCCUCCAUUGGUGGAUAGCACAGCAUGUUUAUGCAGAGUUGAUGCUGGUCUUAAAACUGUUGCUGGAGCAAAAAAGUAUGUCCCUGGGGCAAAGCUUUGUCUUCAACCAGACAUUAAAGCAUCCAUUCAUCCAACUAGAAGUAAGCCUGCACGUGGUGAGAGUAGCCGCAAUCAAUCCCCUCUUCUUCCUGGACUCCCCGAUGAUCUUGCAAUUGCUUGCCUAAUUCGGGUUCCAAGAGUGGAGCAUCGCAAGCUUCGCCUAGUUUGCAAAAAAUGGUACCGUCUUUUGGCUGGCAACUUCUUUUACUCUCUCCGUAAGAGCAUUGGCAUUGCUGAAGAAUGGAUAUACUUGAUUAAAAGAGAUCGAGAUGGGAAAAUAUCUUGGCAUGCCUUUGACCCCGUAUACCAGCUUUGGCAGUCCCUUCCUCCUGUCCCUAAGGAAUAUUCUGAAGCCCUUGGAUUUGGUUGUGCUGUACUCGGUGGGUGUCACCUCUAUCUGUUUGGAGGAAAAGACCCUCUAAAGGGAUCAAUGAGACGAGUCAUUUUUUACAGUGCCAGGACCAAUAAAUGGCAUCGUGCCCCAGAUAUGCUUCGCAGACGACAUUUUUUUGGCUCAUGUGUUAUAAAUAACUGCCUCUAUGUUGCUGGUGGAGAGAAUGAGGGGGUGCAUAGGUCCUUGAGAUCAGCAGAAGUCUAUGAUCCCAACAAGAAUAGAUGGUCCUUCAUUUCAGAUAUGAGCACUGCAAUGGUGCCUUUCAUUGGGGUUGUUUACGAAGGGAAAUGGUUCUUGAAGGGGCUAGGGUCUCAUCGACAAGUCCUUAGUGAGGUCUAUCAACCGGAAAAUGACAGCUGGGACUCUGUGUAUGACGGAAUGGUUGCAGGCUGGAGGAACCCAAGUGCUUCUUUGAAGGGGCAUCUCUAUGCUUUGGAGUGCAAGGAUGGCUGCAAACUCAGAGUCUAUGAUGAAGCAACUGAUUCUUGGAGCAAGCAUAUUGACAGUAAGAUACAUUUGGGUAACUCUAGGGCCUUGGAGGCAGCUUCCUUGGUUCCCCUUAACGGUAAACUUUGCAUCAUCCGAAAUAAUAUGAGUAUUUCACUCGUUGAUGUUUCGAAAUCAAAUGAUGCUGGUGGAGCAAGUGCUGAACAUCUGUGGGAAACUCUAGCAGGCAAAGGGCAGUUCAGGACUAUGGUCACAAAUCUGUGGUCAAGCCUUGCCGGCAGAAACCGCCUGAAAAGUCACAUAGUUCACUGCCAGGUUCUUCAAGCUUAGAACUGUAAAUUGCACUGAAAACCAAAGGUGCUUUCUUUGGUUUAUAUGUUUUUGGAUUAAUGGACCAUAUAUGUUAUAUGUAGAGAAAGCCGAAGGAUCGCCAUAUUAUAUGGUACACACAUAUAACAUAGCGAUCUUUGCUGGAUGGUCAAGG